AUUUUCUCUGCUAGUCAGCCUUUGCUAAUGUUGGGAGACACACACGUCAGUUUAGUGUUCGGUAAACAUUUAAACAUGGAACACCGGGUCAUUGCACUUUUGGUCACUCACUUUACCUCCAACUGUGCAACAUUCUGCUACACAGCAGAAGGGAAUGUUACUAUACUUUAACUUGCAUGCUUCAUAUUUCACAAGGUAUUCUAGUAAAUGCAGGUUGUUCAAAGGUGUGCUUUUCCUUCCACUGUUUUAAUCUUUGUCUCCACACAAUGAUACAUUAUAACACAUAAUUGGUUCACAGAUCCUUCUUGCGUUAUGUCUAAAUGAACACAGUUAAAUUAACAAAAUGUGUAAGGCAUCAAAGGUCACAAUCUCUGGGAGAGAGCGGAAACUUGAGCAGAGGAGGCGUUUCUCUGCCACAGGAUGUUUUCCCUCACGAGAGGAUGUGUAUCUGCACUCUCUGCACCGCCGUGGGAGUGUUGUAAUCACACACACCGAGGCAUUGUAGUCAAAUUAACACUUCCAUGGAACCCGAGUUGGUAAUAUCGCAGUACCUGAUCGCAUUUAUCUGCAGCGUUUACAGUGUGCUGAAGGAGCUCGACCUGUGUUAGGUGAUGAGGGAGAUGUUGAGGCGAGUUGUGCAGAAGAUGAAGAUGAGGGCUUGCUGGAUGUUCAUGAUCCUCCUGAGCUGCAGGUUAUCUCGGGCUUCUGACAAAACACAAGAGCUGAAAAUGAUCUGCGUACCUUUCGGAGGCGAUGCUUCCGUGCCUUGCCCGGAGCUGAACCAGCGAGACGCGACCUUGAACCUCCUCAAGAACGAAGAAUUGAUUUCCAAGCAAAAUUUGAUCAGCAGUGGAAACGCCACGUGGAAACCUCCGACCAAGGCAGAAGUCGAACUACAUGAAAACAGGGAAAAUAAAUCAGUGCAUUUCAAGCUGACGGGAGUGAAUGCCAGCAGCUUCGGUCUCUACAGAUGUGAGGCCCAAGCCUUUCACCCCCCUCCCAUUGAGAACAUGCCAAGUACUGUGUUCAUCCUGGUACAAGUAGAAGGACACCAAUGCAGUUUGAAAACAAAAGCAGAUGGAGGUCAAACUGAUGGACUUCUCUGGAUUUGGAUUCUGGGGCUUGUAGUCCUUAGCAUUUACGGCGUAACUGCCACUAUCAUUGCAGGCAUCUUCUGGGUGAAGUGGAGGAGCUCAGAGUCCCACACUGACUACAUGAACACCAAACCCAAAGCACCCCGGGACCGCAGGAAGAACAAAUGGGUCCAGAAUCCUGGACCACGGCACUUCAGUUAACGUUACCCCUGUUAGUGUAUAUAUAAAAACACAGGUGUCCGUGAAGUAGCUCAGAAAAAUAUCCUCAGCGAGGUUUUGUUAAGUUCAUUUUUCUUUCUCUGUACUUGUCUACAUAGCGAAAGCAGCAGCUCUUUUUGUAUCAGCUUUUUUUAAAGAAUAGAAAUCUUAGUUCACCGUCUCUUCUUUUCAAAUGAAGAGACAGUGAACGCUGUUCCUGCUGCACUGAUCUGCAGCAGGAACCCUCUGUGGUUGAAACAGAUCCAUGUCUCUGAAUGAGGGGAUUUGACCUCAUUUACAACCCCGCGUGGUGAAUCACGAGCGACCACAAGUUUGAAAUAAAU